UGGGCCCUGGGGCCAGCGGCAUCACCCAGGGGUGGGAGCGGCUGCCCUCCGGGCCUGCCUGCGCUGCCCGUGCACUUCUGCCUGCAGAUCUGCGCCCUGCUCUUCGUCAGCCUCUACAUCCUCUGCCACUUCAUCAUAACCCACUUCAAGAAGCACACAGACUUCACGGCAGUGCAUGAUGACGAGGAUGCUGCUGUCAACAGGAUUGCGCUGGGACUGUGCACCUUCACCCUGGCUGUGGCGCUGGGCGCCGUCCUCCUGCUGCCCUUCUCCAUCAUCAGCAACGAGGUGCUGCUCUCCUUCCCCCAGAACUACUACAUCCAGUGGCUGAACGGGUCCCUCGUCCACGGCCUCUGGAACUUGGUCUUCCUCUUCUCCAAUCUGUCCCUCGUCUUCCUCAUGCCUUUUGCCUACUUCUUCACCGAGUCGGAGGGCUUUGCAGGAUCCAAGAAGGGCAUCAUGGCCAGGGUGUACGAGACAUCGGUGGUGCUGCUGCUGCUGACGCUGCUGGUGCUGGGCAUGGUCUGGGUGGCCUCCGCCAUCGUCGGCAACAACGCGGCCAGCCGCCAGUCGCUCUAUGACCUCUGGGAAUACUACCUGCCCUACCUCUACUCCUGCAUCUCGCUCUUCGGCGUGCUGCUUCUGCUGUUGUGCACCCCCUUCGGCCUCUCCACCAUGUUCACCGUCACAGGGAAGCUGCUGGUGAAACCUCGGCUCCUAGAAGACCUGGAUGAGCAGUUGAGCUGCACGAGGCUCGAGGAAGCCGCCGUGUCCCGCAGGAUCUCCUCCGGCAAAGCUUCUUGCUGGCUGAACUUGAACGUGGAGCUGCUGCGGGAGCAGUUCUUCGCCAUCCGGAGCAAGAGGCGGAAGCUGGAGCUGCGGCACCGAGCGUCGCCCUGGCAGAGGAACCUGGGCUACCCCCUGGCCAUGCUGGGCCUCCUGGCGCUGACGGGCAUCUCCGUGCUCAUCGUCUGCUUCCACGUCCUGGAGCUGCUGCUGGACGAUGCCGCGAUGCCACGGGGCAUCCAGGAUGCGUCCCUGGGCCAGGUCUCCUUCUCCAUCUUCGGUUCCUUUGGAGCUGCCCUGCAGGUCGUCCUCAUCUUCUACCUGAUGGUCUCCUCUGUUGUGGGCUUCUACAGCUCCCCCCUCUUCACCCGGCUGCUCCCCGAGCGGCAGGACACCCCCCUCACCAAGAUCAUCGGGAACUGCGUCUCCUUGCUGGUGCUCAGUUCAGCCCUGCCCGUCUUCUCCAGGACACUGGGGAUCACCCGUUUCGACCUCCUGGGGGACUUUGGCCGUUUCAACUGGCUGGGGAACUUCUACAUCGUCUUCCUCUACAACAUGGGGUUCGCGGGGCUCACCACCCUGUGCCUGGUGAAGAGGGUCUCCUGGGCCGUCCAGGCCGAGCUCAUCUGCGCCUUUGGUCUGCACAAGCUGCCGCUACCCGUGACGCGCUCCCGGCCCCUCGGCAAGCCCUGCUAGGGCUUGGGGAUGGGGAUGUGUGUGUCCCCCCUCACUGUGGUGCCCCCCAGGAUGGCCGUCAGCCACAGAGCCAGCCCUGAUGGUGGCUGGUGCUUCAGGGAUGUCGGAGCCCCCCAGGGAGAGCCAAGACCUGGGGGGGACGGUCUGCCCCCCUGCCUCUAUCUCAGCCUGUUGUGCUACUGAGCCUUGUCCUUGAGCCACGUCCCCGUUACAGCCCCCCCCAGGGGCGCGGGGUCCCCGGGGGGCUGUGCUGGCUGCAGCCCCCCUGCCCCGUUUACAUACCUCAUGCAAGAGCAGCUGGGCCCCCCCACCCUGCCCCGGUGCUGCCCCAGCUGCUCCCUGGGGUGCAGUUGGGUUUUAAAUGUCCCCCCACCACCCCAGGGACUGUCACAACACUACAGCGGGGGCCCCGUGCCCCCCUGCCCAGUCACUCCACACCUCGUCCCCAUGUCAUCCUGGGGCUGUUGGGGGGCACUGGUUGUCCCCUGCCCCAAGGCCUUUGGGGUCCCCAAGGGAGGAGCAGGGCUGGAAGGUCCUGGGGCACUGGGGACAAGCUGUGGCCCCCCCAAGCCCCCCCGGCAGGUUGGUGUGAUGAGUCUGUCGGGUCUCUGUUACCACGGAACUUGUUUGGAGCA